GUCGCAUGUUUUAUUCGUAACGAGAGACCGGGGCCGAUGUCUGAGUAGAACAGGACAGUGUGAUCGCGUGCUGUAUAUGGACAAUGGGUUUCAGUUUUCGGCUCCCCGCCCGCGGGCCCUGCCGCAACGUUUAAUGCCCGAACAGCGAACCGCGACACCAAUGCCGCAACAUUAUCGGCGUGCGUGAACUUGUGCCGAGCGGGAGGCCUAUGAAUAGAUUGGCAGCUUAUAUAUGAUGUUUAAAAUCGAAUACUGGUGCAUCUUCACUUCAACUGUCCAUCUUUCGCCAACGCGUUGCUACUUCUCCGUAUACAGAUUGCGUAAUACUAAGAAGAUAUAUAUUUACACUAUACUGAGGGAAUACUGUACGAAAUAUGGCAGCACCAGGAGGCAAGUUCUUCAUUCAAGAGAAGCUGAAGACGCCGGCGAAGCACCAUGAGUCUUAUGAGCAGCUUUGGGAGACGAAGUGGAAGAAGCCUGCAGAAAUGGGCGUCUACCCCUUCAUGUUCGCCACCGCCUCCGACUUCGAGCCGAUAGUAAAAGAGAUGGUAUCCAAAGACAUGAAAGAGCCCUACAACUGGGACGAAUACGCCAAAAUCUACUUCCCACAAGCCGAAAAGCUCAAGUCGAUAGCCGAAGAAGCCGAGGAGAAUGGCGAGAAAGAGAAGGCAUCGGAGUACUACCUACGCUCCAGCGCUGUAUACCGCAUCAGCCGCUUUCCCGCGCCACGCAGCGAAGUCCAACGUGAAGCCUGGAAAUUAGGCAAAGAAGUAUGCAUCAAAGGCCUAGGAAUGCGAGAACACCCCGUCCACGAAGUCAUGAUCCCACACAAACACCGCAACCAGGACGAAGGCGAACACAUACCCGUGUACCACCUCGUCCCAGACAGCGCAUCGAAAGACACCCCCGUACCCACCCUCAUCAUCUUCACCGGGCUAGACGGAUACCGCACCGAACUAGCUGUAUGGAUGGAAGGCUGGCGGCGCGUAGGCGUCGCUACCAUCGUCCUCGAGAUACCCGGCACAGGCGACUGUCCGGCCACGGCGUCCGACCCAACAUCUCCAGACCGCCUCUACAGCUCGCUCUUCGACUGGGUCGCCACGCAACCGCGUCUCGACGCAAACAAAAUCGCCAUUUGGGCCUUCAGCACAGGCGGCUACUACGCCAUACGCGUCGCGCACACACACGCCUCCCGACUCGCGGGCGUCGUCGCCCUCGGCGGAGGCUGCCACCACAUGUUCUCCCCCGAAUGGCUGUCCCAUGUAAACCACCUCGAGUACCCCUUCGACCUCGCCAACACCUUAGCCUACAAAUGGGGUUACGGCAACGACGUCGAGGCCUUUAAAAAGGAAGCCAUGAGCAAGUUCUCGUUGCUCAACGAUGGUACGCUGGAUAGGCAGGAAUGUGCGAGGUUGCUGCUGGUAAAUGGGACGGAGGAUGAGAUCUUCCCGAUUGAUGAUUAUUAUCUUGCGUUGAUGCAUGGGGCGCCGAAGGAGGCGCGAUUUGUGCAGGGGUUCAAGCAUAUGGGCGAGCCAGAGAGCUUUUUUGUUAUUAUCAAGUGGUUGUAUAGGUUGUUUGGGGUGAAGGCGGAGGUGGGGACGGUCAUGGCUACGUUGCCGUUUAAGCCGAAGUACUGAGCGGUAGGGAAAGGAUAUAAAGGGGAAAGGACUGAUGGACAAGAAAUUAAGGGAAGUUUGAUUGAGAGAUUUUUGUAUAUCUUAUGGCCUUUCUAUUGUACACUGCUGGUAGGGCACGCCUUCUCGAUGAUCUCUCGU